GAUGUAAUUCGAGAAGGAGCUUUUCAAGGGCACCAUACUAGAAAUGUCUAUAAAGGUCUUUGUUUAGGUAUAAUUUUAUUUAUUGUAUCGGAGGUGUUGUUUUUUUUUGCUUUUUUCUGAGCCUAUUUUCAUAGAAGAUUGGCUCCAACACCUGAAUUAGGUUCUUGUUGGCCUCCUGUUGGAAUUUCCCCUUUGAAUCCUUUUGAUGUUCCUUUGUUGAAUACGGCUGUGUUACUAGCAUCGGGUGUUACUGUUACUUGGGCCCAUCAUUCCUUAAUGGUCGAUAACAUUUCUUACUGUAGGUCGGAUUCCUGGUUGUGGUUGUUUUUUGUGGAUGUUGUUUUUUUUGUUUUGUUUUGUUGUGUUUUGGUG